UCUUCGUGGAAAACUAGAAGGAAAAAAUACUUCCAAUUACUUUCAGGUUCUUGAAUAAGAAUAUAUAUUAAUAUAUGUUAUGUUGUGUAUAUAUACAAAUUAAAAAACAAAUUUGUUCUUAUUUAAGGGAUCGAAUUUCUCUGGACAAGAUAAUAUGAAAAUAGCGGAAAUAAGAAAUGAUGAAUUGUAUCUAAAUCCGAGAAGAGAAGCUGAAAUAACAAGAUUUAAAUCACGUCCAGAAGAAAUGAUCCCGGGUAGCAAAAUCCAAGUCGCUACCAGAGUACAGAUCUGAUGCAGACCUGUUAUUCUAGAUCUGGAACGGAUCUGGAAUUUUACAUGGUCCAAACCAGAAGCAGACUUGGUAACCAAUUAAACAGCUCUAUCUAUAUGCAGACAUGUUCCGCGUUUCAAACCAGCUUUGGCACAGACUUGGUUACCAGAUCUGGCCCAGAUCUAACCAGAUCAGUUACAGACCUGAUCCAGACUUCAAUUGCUACCCGGGAUAAGGAGGCUCAUGCUCGAAUUAGUUGGACCAGAGGAACUGAAAACUAUGACAGCGCUCGGACACAGCAGAAAAGGAAGACCCGGAAAAGCCAUUCCUGUAUUCAUAAGAAACGCAGUCUAUAAUUAUAUUAAGGGG